AAUUUGAAUGUAAUCCUGUUAGUAAAGUAUCUUAUGGUAAAAGUUGCCAAACAAAAAGAUGGCAAAAACCGGCAGCAGUAAACACUAACGCAUUAUCAUCAAAAGGAAAAUCUCAAGAACCACUGGUUUCUUUCAACAUCAAAAAAUCAGAGAAUUACUUAAGUGUUCAAAAGUCACAGAAGUCACAUGCGAAAAAAGAUCUCAUACGAAAAUCUUUGGUGAAAAGUGCCAAAGUUAUGACAAAUUGUAAUGAAGACCAUACUGAAAACGGUGAAAUUAAAAAUGAUAAUUUUAAAAGCAAUCUUUCCAAUAGUACUAGUAAUGACGAUAACAUUUCAAUGUGCUCAAAAUCACAAAACGACAAAGUCGAUAUUAUUCACAGCUACAAUAAUAGCUUAAACAGUGAGAAGACUACUAACGCUAAUGCAACAAAAAAACCAAAUCAGUCUAGCAAUGUUAAAAAGAUCAACAAUAAUAGUGUCAAAUACAGUAAUGCUAGUAAAUGCAAUGCGUGCAACCUUAAAAAAAUCGGUAACAAUAGCGUAAACAAUAGUAAUAAUGUUGAAAGCGCUAUGAAGGCAUCAUGCAAUUUCAAUCAAAUGAAUAGUUCUAAAAAAUUUGAUAUUAAGCAAAAACCAAUGGUCAAAAUUGAUAAAGUCUGCGCUAUAUUGAAAAAGCCAUCGAGUUCGUCAUUAUCCACCAAAAUUGAUUCUCAAUCACGUAAAACAUCAGAAACAACGACAAAAAAUUCUUCAACAGUUAUCAAACAAUCCAUAUCCGUCAAUGUUUCCAAUACACCAAUUGCUUUGCCACUUCCUACACCACCUUUAUCUCCAUCAAAGAAAGUUAAUUCCAAUA